CGCAGUUUCGUGUCAAGCUACCCGCGACCCCGAACUGCAACAUCCCUUUUUUUCUUGACGACGCGAGUACACGACGCGUGCCGGAAUCGAACUCGCACGACGAAGCAUUCAUCCAGGUUGCUGCUACGAGCACAGCAUUGUGCCAAUUUCGUUCUCGAUUGCCUCGAGGCUCAGAUGCUCUUCCGACUGCUAAGUAAUGUGCGGUGAUGGGAGCUCAAAGUAGCCAGCUAGUAAAGCCCGACACUGGAACCGAUGACCAUCUAAGCGGUCAAUCGCAAGAUCCAGCGACAGCGUAUUCCGACUACGACGAAAAUCCGUCUCCAUUCAAAGAUUCCCCUUCUUCCUCACCCGCUGCAGAUCCUGCAUCUUCCCUUUUUCGCCGAGAUCCCUAUUCACUCCAAACAGCUCAACAAGCCCACCCGGACGCUCCGCCGGACUUUUCAUCAUUCUUCUCGAGCCAAGGUCCGACAUUGGCCGGCCGCGACCAAGUAGCUGAACAGCUACCUGGGAGCCCAUCACUUGUCACCGAGUUUGACGUAUCCAGCUCAUCACCCCACCGUGCUGGCGAUUUGCCUGCCUAUAGCACCUCGAUCACAAAACCAGAUAUAUCGACGCUGCUUUUCUCUUCCGCCAAGCAAGACCGCGAACCCAUUUCCCAAGAAAUUGUCAGCGGAAGUGCCCUUCUCCCAAGAUUUGAGGUAAGUAGUUCACGAUCCGCCCACUGUCCAUUCACACCGUAGUCCCGAUCGACUGGGUUGGACGACACAUCCCC